AUGGCCGCUGCGCCGGUCCUCGCCGACCCGAGCGCCAUGACGCCCGGCGAGCGCACCAACGAGCUCGUCGCCUUGGUCCAGCGCGACGACUUGCUCGGCGUCCUGCUCGUCCUGCUCUACUGCGGCGAGGCCGAGGUCAACAGCACAGCGACCCUGUACCGCACAAGCCCUGUCGAGGCCGCCCUCCUGUACCCGACCCGUCGCACGCCCGUCCGCCGCCUCAUCGCCGAGUGCCUCCUCCAUCGAGGUGCGAGGACCGACCACCUCGCGCAGAACAUGCCGUCCCGCGCCCUGCCCGCCAUCGAGUCGAUCCUGAGCAGCUGGGACGACGGUGGACGAGAGCGAGCGACGAUCUCGUACGACCUGAGCUUCACGAUGGACCUCUAUGCCGCCGAGGAGUACCUGCAGGAGCACGGCUACGGCCCUGACGGCCCGCCCGACCCGCCGUCGGCCGACUCGUCGAGCGCUCCAGCCGUCCUCGCUCCUGUCUCGCACGCCGCGCCGACACCGCCCACGCCUCCUCACGACGACCCGCAUCGUCCUGUCGACUCGCCCUCGAGUACGCUGUACGAGCUCGUGCCUCAAGACGCGGCGACCCCGUACCGCCGAGACGGUCCGAGCGACCACGCCCCGUCGCCGAGGGACGACUCGCGCCGCAGCGAGCACGCUCAGUGGCCCUCGCGAGGCGGCAGCGACCGUCACGAGCCUCGUCGCCGCUCUCGCAGCCCCUACCGUCGCCGCGACUCGUACGCGCGAGACGACUGCGAGCAGCGCUCGCGCUCGCCUCGUCGCGAGCGCCCGUCUUCCCCUCGUCGUGUCGCCGCCUACCCUCGCAACUCUUCUCCGCCUCGACACGACGUCGGCGACGGGCGGAGGCGCGGGUCCAAGUCGCUGCGCGGAUACUCGCCGACGCGCUCGCCAACGCGCGAACGCGAGCGCGCGCCGGCUCGCAGCUUCGAGAACGCCGACCGCACGUCGAGGCGUCGCAGCCGUUCGCGCUCGCGCUCGCCGCACGAGCCCGUCCCUCGCGGCUUUACGCCGGAACCGCGCGAGCUCGAGAACUGGCUCUUCGUCGGCGGCUUGCCCCAGACGGUCGCCGAGCGGUUCAUCUACGACCACCUGUCGGGCGUCGGCAUCCGCGUCGACGACGUCUUUCUGUCGCAGAGCCACCACCAGCCGACCAGGUUCGCCUACGUCGCUGUCGGGCGCGCGCAAGACAUUAGCCCGGCGUGCGCCUCGCUGCGCAAUCUCACGCUCGACGGCCGCCGCAUCUUCGCCAAGCCGUUCACCGACGCGUCGACGGGCUCGAGCGUUCCGGAGGUGUCCAACUCGGAGUACAAGCGCCAGUACGUCGGCAGCGAGCGCCAAGCCCAGCGCUCGCCCGACCAGCGCAAGCUCGGCCUGUUCCUGCUCCACCUGUCGCGCAACGCCAGGCCAGCCGACGUCGUCGACUUCCUCGGGCGCAGCCUGCGCGCCGACGAGAUCGGCCCGGUCGAGGUCAAGCAGGUCGGCAUGAACGUCAUCGCCUUCGUCUCGAUGCGCGACGAGGCGCUCUGCCGCAGGGUGAUCCGCCAGCUCGACGGCGAGUGCUUCUGCGGCCAAGCUGUGCGCGUGGCGUGGCGCGAGCUCGACACGCACGAGUCCCGGUCGAGGCGCGUUCAAGGUCCCGCCUCGCAGCACAGCCACGAACUCGAUGGCGCCGCCGUCAACCGUGAACCGCUCAAGAUCAACCGGUACGACCAGCUCGCCAAGGCCGGCGCCGAGAAGCAGAACGACCCGCAGGCGCGCUCAGCUCCCCUCGCUGCCGCCGACGUCGCCGCGCCGGCCAUCCAGAGCCACAGUCCAUCGCGCUCAGGGCUUGUCGCUGCGUCGGCGCCGGCGCCGGAGCACUCGGCGGCCGGUUCCGCUUCCCCGAGCUCGACCCUCGUCGGCUCGCGCGCCGCACCUCCAGGCGCCCCGCAGGCCACACCUGCGCCACCCUCGAGCGUCGACCGCGACCCCGACGUCGACAGGCUGCGCUCGAUCGGCCUGUCAGACGAGCAAGUCGCCGCCGUUCAGCAGCUGUGGCGCCCGGUCGAGCGAGACGAGGUCGGCGGCCCGACCUUGGAGCGCCGCAUGGACGUCCAGGUCGACUUUGGCUGCGUCUUCAAGGAGGACGCGAGGCUGGCGCUCGCGCAGAACGCGCGCGAGCCGGCGUUCCCCGACGACUCGGCGAGCCAGGCGCGGUACUCGGCAUUCCUCGAGGCGCAGGCCGGCGAGUCGAGGGACUACUACACGGUCUUCUUCGCCAAGCUCGCCGAGUUCAGCUCAUCGAGCGUCGCCUUGGCGGCCAAGGCGCGCAGCGUCGCCGAGGCCGCUCGUCGCGACAUGGGCGCCUCGAUGGACGUCGGCGACGGGAGCGGCGUCAAGGAGUAGGAGCGGGCCUAGUCGGCGCGAGGAGGCGGUCGGUUUGAGAAGGAGGACGACGAGGAGGAGGGACGAGUCGCUUCUCUCGGCAGUGUUUUUGUACCACCCUCGCUUCGCAGUCCCCUUGUGCAACGUGCGCUUGAGUCGGUCUCG